CUAGAAGAGUAACAAAGAAGUGAAGAGCCUCUAUUGGUGAUCAGAACUAUAUCCUGGUUCCUACGGAGUUCACUCCGCGUUCGAUGUUAGUACAUUUAGAUCCCAACAUUGAAUGAUCAGGAAGCAGUGAUGCACCUCUCGAGAAGCAGGUAAUAUUUUAUUUUUUUUACUGAAAUGCAAUCAAAGGCCCUCCUGUACUGACAAUAUUAUUUUUAUGUUCACUCGUCUACAAGGGUAACACCUUUAUUUGGUUGUACAAUCGAAGGUUUAAAGGUGAUGUAAUAUUGAGAGUUGUCGAUUUUUAGGGACACUCUUCGAGAACUCGAGCAAAGGCAACUAGUUAUUAUACUAUAAAUCUGGUUAAUAGUCACUUAUCUGUUUGAAAGAAGUUCUUAUUAGUCAUUUUCUGUCCCUGGAUGCCGUCAUUAUCAAUAAAAGGAACAUAUGUUUGUGCACUCAUCUGAAGUUUUCAGAGCGUGUCUGAAGUUAAGGGUAGUUUCUUGAUUGUGUUCGAGUACAAUGUGUUACUCACAUUUCAGAUGAUAUGGUAAAACAAUUAUGAAGCUCAUAGAGUAUGCUCUAGUUUGUUGCUUUUGUUAAAAUAAGGAUAUCCUUGGUGUGAUUAUGUAAGUCAACUUGAAACUAGUUUGUGCUUGUUUUCAAAUUUUUGGUUAUGUUGACAGUUAUUAUAAUGCUAUCAUGUAGCAUUUUAAUACGAUGUUUGAACUUGUUGAUGUCUUGUUUGGAACAUCCUAUUAUAAUGUUUUUGGUUUAUAGGAUGUGUAUAUUCCAUAUGGUGCUUUUUAUUCCUUUUAUAUAAUGCUAAGAUAACAGAUCCAUCACCUGAUCUAUCACCUGGUGUUAGAUUACAUAAAGAUGGGUUAGUUGCUAAACAUCCUGUUGUAUUGGUACCUGUGAUGGUUAAUGGUGGUCUUGAAUUAUGGAAAGGGCAUAGUUGUGCUGAGGGAUUAUUCAGGGAAAUACUUUGGGGUGGUACAUUUGGUGAAUUCUACAAAAGACCUUUAUGUUGGGUCCAACAUAGGUCAUUGAACAAUGAGACUGGACACUCUAAUGGAACUAGUAGGUCAAAGCAGAGUAGAACUGAGAAGAAGAGUCGGAAGGCAAUGUUGAAGCUUGGGAUGAAAUCCGUCCCCAGUGUCAGCCAUGUUACCGUCAAGAAGAGCAAGAACGUAAGCACCCUUUUGUUUUCAUUGUUUUUCUGCAUAUCUGUAUGAAGAUCCAU